AUGCAUCGCCGCAGCAUUUGCUUCCCAAGACCGGGAACGCAGACUGUGAUACAGGAUGGCGAUUCAGACUUUGCGCCUGAGCUUGACAGACUGUAUGCGAAGUCGGAAAACGACGCGCUGGAAGCACUGGUUGCGCUCAAGGCCAGAGUACGUGACCUUCCAACGGACGACUUCUGGUCCGCGGUGACGGAGGGUAUGUCCGCAAUCACGGGAGCCGAGAUGGCCUUCAUUAUGAAACGCGUCCUGGUCGACGAGCAGGAGGCGGCGGUCGAAAUGCCUCCGUUGGGCGCGCAAGGGUCUUGCAUGAUGGCCGCUGCUUUCCACUAUUGUACCCACGACGGAAAGAAAAACACUGUCAAGCACAGCAAAUUCCAAGCCUGGGGCUGCCCAUGUGCUUACAUGAGGCACGACAAGGUGUUCCUUAUCCCAGAAAACCUCAACAACUUCAUCACAAAUAAUCCGAAUCAGUUACCUAUGCCUGCUGAAGCAUACAUGGCGGUGCCACUUUUUGCCGAAGGGAGAUGUUUUGCGCACUUCGGUGUCAUGUGGUCAAACGAAUCCGCUGCGCAGAGAGCAAUGUCGUGGGCCUUCAUCGAGAUGCUGCUUCACUCGCUCGAAGACAUCAUCCUGCAGCGCUUUCUGGAGGGUUCGAAUUUCGUACGGCCGGCAGCCGUACCGCAAGACAAGGCGCGGGUCAUUCCGCAUGAAGCGGUAUCAAUGGCACAGUCACUGCGACCUUAUGCGCCAAGUUUGUCACACGAACUACGUACGCCAAUGCAAGGCGUUGUUGGGAUGUUAGAUGUCAUGUAUGCCACCGUACAGGAGGCUGUCGAGACGCAAAAGGACCCGCUAUUGCGCAAGAUCUUCCAGAUCUUGAAAGAGAACAUCGAAGUCGUCCAAGAUAGUUCUCGAAGGGCUGUCGAGGCUGCUGACAACUUCGUUCAUGCAGCUGACAUGGAUCUCACGUUACCGGAACCUGCACCUUUGUUGGCGCAUGAUGAAUCGAUCGACUCCGCCUCGCCUUGGUCAGCAACAGCUCACGACAGGCGACCGGAGAUACUAGUGGCGGGCAGCAAUCUCCCUCUGUCUCGACCGAACAAACGAAGGCGUGAAGAGGCCAACUCACGUACCGGAAGCAAUGCUAGCUCCGCGAAGAUUCCAAGAUACGACGGAGCUUCUUCCGUUUGGUCGAAAGGUCCGGAGCCUAGCCAGGGUGUCGUAGAAGGUCUUCAUGAAGCCGAGCAGCUUCAGGCACAGGCGACCCAAGGAGCUACCGCAAUGGUCAAUGCGCCCACUGUCGAAGAUGUGGAGUUUGCAACGAAUGCAAUGCAGCAAGGUAGCAGGAUCAUCGCACCUGGGUUACGCCAUACUAAUAUGCGAGAGAUUUUUCAGUACGUCAUCAGUGAGGGCCUGAAGAUGGGAGGAAGACCGGACUCAGCGACGACACAGGAGACAGAUGUUGGCGAGCUGAUUGAAGUGCGAUCGCGAGGUUCUGAUGGGACAGUAAGCAACAAGACGAUCGAGUGGAGCGUCGAUCCGAGCGUGCCACAUACGAUGUUCGUCGACGAGAAGGACCUCACGAAACUGAUCUCCUGCGUAUUUCUGAACGCUGUCAAGUUCACAGACGGCCUCCAUGGACGUGUGCGUUGCUCGGCACGCAUGAGCCAGCGUGGGCGAUACAUAAGCAUUAGAAUCAACGACAAUGGGCCCGGCAUACCCGCAGCAUUCCUGCCAAAGCUGUUCAAGCCUUUCUCGCAGGAAAAUGGUUCCAUCACACGACCCAGCGAAGGGCUUGGUCUGGGCUUGAUGGUGGCCAAGGGUAUCGCCAGGAAGCUCGGUGGUGACUUGAUGUGUACCAGAGCUGAGACCGCAGGGCCAAAUCAUGGCAGCGAGUUCGAGAUCAAGAUUCCCGUUACAGCGGGCGAGACGAUAAGCAGGCCCUCUUCGCCGUUUCACUCUCCGAUGCCUCGAAAGGCGCAGAUGGCGCAAGCCGAACACCAAUACAUCCCGCCUCUCCCACCAUUCCCAGCCAGCCCUCGCCGCCUAUCACAAGCGCUCGAUAACAUCAUAACUCAGCCGCCGUUGCAGUCCGGGAGUGUCGCGGAAUCGUACCCAAGCACACCACCGUCGCCCAGGAGUGUUGCCAACCUAGCCGCGCCGCCAGGGCGUGAGCAUACCGCAACACCACCGUCACCUAGCGAGCAGCCUCAUGUCCCCAAGCCGCCGAGGGUUCGUAAGUCUGCAGCAAACGCAGAGAUUGACCGAGAACUUGCGAACAAGUACCCUCUCACCUUUCUAGUCGCCGAAGACAACAAGAUCAACCGCAAGCUCCUUGUAAACAUGCUAUCCAAACUCGGGUAUAAGCACAUCAUCGAGGCACAUGACGGCGCAGAAGCCGUCCGUCAAAUGAUGCUCAACCGCACACAACGCACAAAGAAUGGCAGCGAGAAGCCGCUCGUCCCCCCGAUUGACGUUGUGCUUAUGGACCUGUGGAUGCCGCUGAUGGACGGCUAUGAAGCCACAGAGAAGAUCCUGAGCAUGGACGUGGAGCGACCGACCGUGCUGGCCGUGACUGCCGACGUCACGGAUGGGGCGCUCGAGCGGGCGGCGCAGGUGGGCAUGACGGGCUUCAUGACCAAGCCGUAUAAGAUGAUGGACUUGCAGCGACUGAUCACGGAGUAUUGUGCGCGCAGCCAAGUUGAGCAAGAGAUACCAAGAGGCAUGCCGGAGGGCCUGGCUGUGUCGUAA